AUGAUUGCGUGUAGCGUAGCACCCGCACUUUUACAACCAGUCCCUAAGGCUCAUUAUUCCUCUGAUGUAUUACCGCCAGUCUCGGGGUGCUACUAA